UAAAUACGCUUGAAUUUAAGCGGCACAACGCCGCGCCAGUCGACAUCUCGAAGCCUUCGUGUGCACACGUAAUACCUGCGCACCGCCACACCGCCUCACGCUCGCACUUCCGGUACGCCAAGACCACAGCCGCAGACAUGUCGAUCCACAUCAAAGACAAAGAAGACUUCGAUGAUAAACUGGCCAGCGCUGGCGAUAAACUCGUCGUUGUCGAUUUCUUCGCCACGUGGUGCGGUCCCUGCAAGAUGAUCGCUCCGAAACUCGAAGAGAUGGCCACGACCAAUCCGAACAUCAUCGUGUUGAAGGUGGAUGUUGAUGAAUGCGAAGACCUCGCGCAGGACUACAACAUUGCGUCGAUGCCGACGUUCCUCUUCAUCAAGGCCAAGGAGGUCGUCGACCAGUUCAGCGGCGCCAACGUCGAUAAACUGACCGCCGCCAUUCAAAAGCUGCUCUAAACCCACAGCACCUAGUUGUAUAUGUUGAUUAUGUUACAAUUAAUUGAUAAUUUUCGUACGUUUUACAAAUGAGAAUGAACCAGCUGAAAAUCUAAAAAAAAAACAGAAUAUGUUACGUUAGAAAUACUUUACUUAUGAUGUGUACUUGUAAAUGUUAUUUAUAAAUGUCCACACAAACACACACUAUACACGAACCACACACAAGUUUAUGAUGCGGUGGCCUUAGACGAUGAUUUGUUGUGACUUGAUGAGCUAUUAAUUAAUUAGUAACGUUUGUUAGCGGCACGAGCAGUACAAGUACACUGAACGCGGAAAUUGUGUGGCGGAGGGCUAAAAUGAAAGCACAUUAAAGGACCGAUUGCUUUGACAAUA